GGCAGAGAAGUGCGUCUAACGGGAGACGAAGCCUGAAAAUGUUUGGCAAGGACUGGGUGAUGCUCUUUUCGGUGUUUGCAUGGAUACACACUUAUUAUGCACACCCGCAAGUGAACGUAUCCUGUGUGAAAAGAGAGGUUGAUUACCACUUUCUGAAUACAUGACAACACUGGUAAUGGAAGUCAGCAGGUUUGAUUUACAGCGACAUCAUGUUUUUUGGUCCAAACUCCGGAGCGGACUCGGAUACUGGUCAUCAACAUAAUAAUGAUACGCGACUAAGAGGUUGGACUUUUUAAGUUAUUCUCAGAGGAAUGACGUUGCGUGUGACGUCACCGUAGGUAUUCACCAAGAAUGGUUCAAUGAGCCUGUGGGUUCCCCGUCUGCGAUGCUAAACCUCAACGUAUCGCUCAUUGAAAGCUGUGACACCCGCCUUGGACACUCUGAACUACUGCUGAAUAUCAGUUGGGCCAUCAACAUAGAUAAAAGCAAUGUCUACCUUACUGGCACAUGGCUCAACAUUAACGAGGUUCCUUACUGCUGUGAGUAUCACCCUCCAAUCAGUGCAGUGAAUACGUCGGGCUACGAGAAGUUAUGGUUCCACUUUACUGAGUUUGUUGCAGAGCCAGAAAAAGACUACGUUAUCACGGGCAGCAACCUCCCACCCCCAAUGAUUGGAAGCGAACCUGUUUCAGAGACAGCCAUUUUUGAAACAAGUGGUUGUCACACAGAAAAAAUGAAAUAUUGUGAGUCCUGUAUUAAAAAAGGAUCUCUCUGGGAACCUAAUAUAACCACAGCUGUUUUAAAAAAUGAAGUAAAAAUAAGUUUUACUUCAAGCCCAUACAUUAACAAGUAUCUGAUUCUGUUGUUGAGAUUGAGUGGUCGAGAAGAAAACAUUAUCAAUGCCAAAGAGUGUAAUACAGGGAAUGAUGAGGCCAGGUGGUCUGAAACUCUGAACUUCACGGGGACGUGUGAGUCUCUCAUGGUUGUGGUGCAGCCGGACACAAGCCGCCCUCAGGCCUCUGUUGAAGUCUCCUGCAGCAUGGAAGGUUUAGCAUCCUCAACCAACGUGCCAGAUAACAGCAGUUCUUUAUGGAUCGGAAUCUGCUGUGCUACGUUUGCUGUGGUGUUGUUAGCAGCCUGCAUUUCUGUGCUGUGUAAAGCUCAUGGCACUUACUCGCCGUUCCCCAAACUAUUGGAAGACAGUGGCCAUGUCUCAGUCCUCAUCAUCUAUCCGGCAAAGAGCCGCGCUUUCCAGCGGGCAGUAGUCACCUUGGCCGAGUUCCUAACGUUGCACUGCGGCUGCGAUGUCAUCAUAGACGUGUGGCAAAGAAGGAGCGUUGCUGAGAAAGGUCUGCUUCGCUGGCUGACCGAGCAUAUCAAGUCUGCAGAAAGGGUGGUCUUCACGACCACCAAGGGCCAAGGCAACACUGGGGGCAGGCCGGACUCGGGCCUGGCUGAUUUCACAGUUCCAGCUUCUGUGGAUGACAUGUUCGCCUUAGCACUCAACGUCCUUGCCAGUCAGGCCAAGGAAGGGCUGAACUGCAGCAAAUAUUUCACUGUGCACCUCGGCGAGGACUUGGAUCUGAAAAACCUCCCUGUGGCUUUAACCAUGUGUAGAUCAUUCAGGUUGAUGACAGAUUUGGAUAAGCUCUGCAGGCAACUGCAUGGGAAUCUUUCCAGAAGAACAACUAACUUUCCUUUCAUUGGAUACAGGUUAGGGUUACUGCAGGGUCAGGAUAAUACUGCAGAACUUAGAGAUGCAAUAAAAGAACUGCAGACAUGGGAAGACGAAGUCUAAGGUUGUCAGAGUUGCCAACUUUGGCGUGAGGUAGAGAGAAAUCUGCACCAGCAUUUCCAUGUAUGUAAUGUCUGUAGGAUUUGCAAACUUCCCAAGGCUUUUGAUGUAACUAAUUUUAGGUUUAAAAUGGAAUAAUAUAGAUUUUCUGUAAGAUUUCUUGCAUGAGCGUGAGCGUCUGAAAGUUGGGUUAUACGCCAGAUGCGUGAGGCUUGGCAGCCCUGGGUUGUACAGGUGAAUCUUACGACUGACUUCACUUCAGUGACACUGCAGGUCUCACCCGACCAAGAAAUUAUGAGCAUGCAUUCACUUUAUUUCCUCCAUAUUUAUUUUCAUAUCCAUUUAUUUUCUGAGAAAUAUGAUGAAAAACAGGAAGAUUGAUAGGCUUAUACAAUUGGAUGGUGCUGUAUAUUCUGAACUGUAUUUGUUGUUUCACAGUAGAAGACCUGAGUAUGAAAGUUGUAACGCUCUUUAUGGACAUUUCAAUAUAUAUUGUUUCUCUUUGAUAUGCAUGACGUAAUAUUUACCUGGAGAUUCAUAUGAUUUUUUUUAUAUAUGGAAUUUAAAUACUAUGCAAAAAGUCAUAACCUGUCGUUUUAUUAUACUUGCUGAGUAACAGCUUGCUUCACCUUAAUUGCACUUUUUUUAUUGUGUUUUCCAAGUAAGGAAGACAAUAAAGUCAGCACUCAAUUUCUUCUCAUGUAAUUCCAGCAGUGAAUCUCUGCUGGGGUACACUUACACCAGCUAUGUUUACACCUGACAGAUAGGUAAAUAGUGCCAGUAUCAAAGGUCUUUUUUUCCUGUGUGUCACACGUACAUUAAAUGCUGCAAUUGGAAA